AUGUCUUCUCAGAAGCCUUCGUAUGUCCUCGUCACUGGCGCCACAGGAUUCAUCGGCGCCCAUGUUGUCGAUAACCUCCUGGCUCGCGGAUUCUCAGUCCGAGGCUCAACAAGAUCAAAGCAGAAGGGAGAGCAGAUGAAAGCUGCACGUCCGCAGUACGCCUCAAAGCUUGAUUUUGUCGUUGUGGAAGACUUCACCCAGAUUGGUGUUUUCGAUUCUGUAAUGGAUGGCAUUGAUGCGGUCAUCCAUGUAGCGAGCCCCUUCUUCUAUGACACCACAAAUAACGAGCAGGAAUUGAUUUUGCCCGCCAUCAACGGAGUCAAGUCAAUUCUUUCCGCCUCCGCCCAAUCUGGUUCAAAAGUCCAGCGCCUUGUCAUGACAUCCUCUUUCGCCUCAGUGGUAAACCCAAGCAGCACUCCGGAACCAGGAUUCACCUAUACUGCCGCGAACUGGAACCCACUGACAUACGAGGAGGCAAUUGAUCCGAAAUCCGACUCUGUCACCGCAUACCGCGGCUCGAAGAAGUUUGCUGAGAUCGCAGCAUGGGACUUUGUCAAGGAGCAUCAGACUCAAUUUGACCUGGUGACUCUCUGUCCCCCUAUGGUUUUUGGUCCCGUGGUACACCCCGUACCGACGGUGCAGCAGCUCAACGAGUCAAACAUGGUCCUCUGGAGUGUGGCCUCAGGUGCAGAUCCACUUCCUGUAACGCGGGUGCCGGGUUGGAUUGAUGCCCGCGAUCUUGCUGAGGUGCAUGUUCAGGCCUUGCUUACACCCGAAGCUGGUGGAAAGAGAUUUGUGGCGGCUUCGCCGGAGCCAUUUUCGUACGAAUACGCUGCGGAUAUCAUUCGUAAUGAGUUCGACUGGGCGAAGGAGACUGUAACCACGAAUUAUACAAUGGGUCAGAAACCGGUUGGCUCUUAUGGAAUCGACGGGGAUACUGCAGCUCGGGAGUUGGGGGUCAAAUAUCGACCCUUCAAGGAGACCGUGAUCGAUCUUGUUGGGCAGAUUCGGAAACUCGCAGCGUAA